CUGGCAUGCGUCUCAGUCCUCCUCAUUCUUUCUUUUCCUUGAGUGUCUACUGUCUACGUCUGUCUCAUUCUAUGUCUCUCCCUCCCUCUUUCUAACCAAACUCUUUCUCCCUCCCUCCCUCCCUCCUUCCCUCCCUCUCUCUCGUCUGUGCUCUUUCUUUCUCUCGUCUGUUCUUGUUCACUCUCUUUUUGCUCCCCAGACCCUUGGCUGCUCAUUGCGCACGGCUCUCUACCUGCUAAGCCUAGAGCCCCACUUGCAUAACACCUUCACGCACACAAGAAGAAGAAGAGAGUGUAAGGUUUGCUGGGAUCCUCCGCCAUGUUUCCCCUUCGUCUGCCCCUCAUCUGCCUGGCCACUCUAGUGGGCGUGGUCUUGUGCCAGUACGACUACGGCUACGACUACGGCGCACCGAUGGCCGAGGUCCAGGCCCCGACCCCACGCUGCUCGGACGAGUGCGAGUGCCCCACCCACUUUCCCACCGCCAUGUACUGCAACGACCGCGAGCUCAAGGUCGCACCCAUGGUGCCCACGGGCAUCAAGUACGUCUACCUGCAGAACAACCAGUUGACGGAGCUGAAGUCGGGCAUCUUCGACAACGCCACCGACCUGCGCUGGCUCAUCCUGGACAACAACGAGCUGACCAACGGCAAGAUCGAGAAGGGCACCAUCGACAAGCUGACCAAGCUGGAGAAGCUCUACAUCAACAACAACAAGCUGUCCGAGGCCGUGGUGCCCAAGUCCAGCGCCAUGGAGGAGAUCAAGAUGAUGGGUAAUGAGAUAAGCAAGUUCCCCGCUGGGCUCCUCACCGGUAUGGAGAACCUCACCAGUGUGCACCUGUCCAAGAACCAGCUCACCUCCGACGGCAUCACCGGCGCCUUUAAAGGCCUGAAGUCUCUGGUGCUUCUGGACGUGAGCGACAACAAGCUGAAGAAGCUCCCUGCUGGCCUGCCGCCCUCGCUGAUGAUGCUCUACGCCGACCACAACGAGAUCGAGAGCAUCGCCGCCGCCUACCUGGCGAAGUUGCCCGCCCUGCAGUACCUGCGCGUCUCCUACAACCAGCUGAAGGACGCGGGCGUGCCGGCCGGCGUGUUCAACGUCUCCUCCCUGGUGGAGCUGGACCUGUCCUACAACAAGCUGACCGCCAUCCCAGAGGUCGGCGAAAACCUGGAACACCUGUACCUGCAGGUCAACGAGAUCGCCAAAUUCGACACCUCCAGUUUCUGCAAGGUGGUGGGUGCUGGCAGCUACUCCAAAAUCAAGGACCUGCGCCUGGACGGGAAUCAGCUGAGCCUUCAGGACAUGCCCAUCGAGGCGUCCCAAUGCCUGAUGAUGGCACAAGAAAUACUCAUCUAACGUGGGCGUAAAAUAGCGGUCUUUCAUAAGAUAGUGGAAUCAAUCUAUGUACAAUCUAAGCCGUUUACUUUUUUUACCAGGUCCUCUUUUGUUUUGGUUUUUGAUCUGCUCUCCAACUUCUUUUUACCACAGUCACUGCCGAGUUAAAGUCGUAUUCUAUUAAGCUAACUACUGCUCUACUCCUUACGAUAGAAGGCUAUGUCAAAUGACAGUGAAUCAGUGGUUUUGGUCACUGCCAACUUGUUUAAAAGAACAGAUGGAAUUGAAUUGAACUGGUACAGAUUUUCAUGUUACACUCUUUAUGAAUCUCUGAAUAUAUUAUCAGGUAGCGAAAUACAAGUAAUGCUAGCAUGCUAAUACUGCUAACCUGUAGUGGAAAUGCACAUAACGCCUUACAUACAGUCACAAUGGUGUGUUACAUUGGUGUUAAUAGCUUUGCCAUGUACUUAUAGUUCAUUUGUGUCAAUGUUUUGUUGAUAUUUGACAAGGCACUGAUGUAAGGCUAACUGAUGACUACCGUCAGUGGUGUUAGCAUGCUAAUGAAAACUAUCAAGUUAGAAAGAAGACUCAUAAUUUGGACGAAGACGUGAAAGACAAACUUGUUCAACAAACGGACAAAAAAGUAAGGUUGAAGCCUUUUUCAUUGGUGUGGUUUAAUGACACUCCAAGGGUUUGUGCUGUAGCCGACAAGCUGAAAUUGUUACUGUUGCAAAUGUUAAAUUGGUCAAACCUUUGCUGAGUUUCUCUACGCGUCUUGGUGGUUUGCUGCCAUGGGACACAAGUGUUUUAAAAGCUUGAUUUGCAAGACCUGGCACUUACAAUAAAGGCAUAGAGCAGCGAGUGGGUUACUAUGCCUCUUGACCUACUGCAAGUAUAUGCUGUAAUCGAUACCCUAUGCUAGCAAGGGUUCCAAUGAACUGUCUCUGGUCAGACAGAUAGCCUUUGCCUCUCCGAUAUGCUAAAUAUAUACGAAAUGAUAAUGUGGCCGAGCAUCUUUCAAUGAUUAUCGCGAAGGUGUUAUUUUUCUAUUUUGAUGUUUGUUUGUUUGUUUGUUAUGGCCAUAUGCGUACAAUAAUAGUGUGGGAAAGGCAAUAUUGCAAUGAUGCAAAGUCCUAUUACUGAUGAUAUUUGAAUAUGUGUAAUUGUGAAUUUAUUUCAAUAAAUUCAGUUUCCCUUA